UAAAAUAAAAAAGAACCUUUUUUGCGGUCAUCAACAACAUUAAUAUUUUCCAAAUUCUAUACUUUAUCACCUGGAUAAUAAGAGAGAAUUCAGUGGCAGAGAGAGUGGGAAGCCAUGGCUACAAGCAACAUGGCAGCAGCAGCAGCUGGUUUUCUACCUGUUUUUGCUUCAAACACAAGUGUAUCAUCUUCAAGAACAAGUGUCUCGUUUUUGAACUUUAAUAAUCGUGGUUCAAAACGACAAUUGGUUAUUGUUAAGGCAUCCGAAGAAGAACCCGCCGCACCACCCGCUGCAGCCACCACCACCGCCACCGAUGCACCCGCUGAAGAUAGUGCUCCUAAGGAGGUCAAGGCUGCCAAGCCACCACCAAUUGGUCCCAAAAGGGGUGCCAAGGUGAGGAUUCUACGAAAGGAGUCGUAUUGGUACAAAGGCGUUGGAUCAGUCGUAACUGUUGAUCAGGAUCCAAAGACGCGAUAUCCAGUGGUUGUUCGAUUCAACAAAGUAAACUACGCGAACGUAUCAACAAACAACUAUGCACUAGACGAGAUUGAAGAAGUUGCGUAAGAAUUAUUACCAUAUCUAUGUCAAUGUGUAUAGUACUUGAUUUGUACUUUUGUAGCAUAUUUUCUUCCAUGGAGAUUGUUAUGUUGAUCCAUUUUAUUGGAAGCAAAGUAUGAAUGUGCAUAUAUAUGUGUUUAUUUUUGGGUUG